AUGGGCGAGAUGACAAUGGGUUGGCAAGUUCUGUCCCUGCGCAUGACCUCAGCACCGCAGCGAGAUGAGGAUCUUCGUGUGGCGCAACGCGCCGUGAAUGCAUUCUCGCCCAAGUCGCUAGAGCCUGCGGAUGGCGGAGGCGAAAAACAAACGAUCCCGUCAUGGCACUCAUCGACCUUGGACGGCUGGACGGGCUCUCACGAAGAGCUAGCAGCCAUCACCACGCUCGAACCUGACGUCGUCGCGAUACACCAAGCUGUGAACCGCAUGGACUCGCAGCUCAAACUCUACAGCUACCUUCAGGUGGAAGAGGUACGAAGGUGGGACCUAGCAGAGGAACAGAAGAAUCAAACACGGCAGCAGGACCAGCCUGAUCCCGUCGGCGUCAGGGUUCCAGCCUACCUGGAGAUGGCCCGCGAGGCCAGCAGCAACGAGUUUUUGAUUCGCGAGCGCGACGUCAACAUUGACAUACUCGAGUAUUUGCUUCACGAGCGCGAGUGGCAGUUCUACAGGAACAAGACCAGAGGGAGGGAACUGGAAGAAAACGAGGUGGGUCUCGACACCGCCCUGGAGAGGAGGGCGCCUCAUGAAUGA